AUGCAGGCGUUGCACCGCGCGGGUGACGGGCAGCCGCUGCCUCUCACGCCGGUGGACGCCAUUCGCGUUCAGCGGGAGCUCAAGCGCCGUGGCGGGGGGACUGUGGCCGCCGAGCGGCAUGGCCGCAUGUUCGCCUCGCAGUACGCCUCGCCGCUGCAGAUGCUGCGAUGGUCCACCGCAGUUCGCGGCCCACCGGCCUCACGUUGUGGGGCGGAGGAGCAAUGGCGGCAGUCAAACACAACUUCCUCUCACUCCUUGCUGAGCGUCCCCUACUACCGUGCGGAGCCCUGUGCUUGCAGGCAGAAGCGGCGAGGUGUGGCAUCGCUGCUGCUUGCAGAGGGGGCAAAACCCCCGCCGUUUCCAAGCAAUGCAGCGAGGCUUGAAAACGACGUGGCCCUGGGCCUGGCCGCGUCCCUGUGGCACAGCGGCAACGUGGUCGGCCAGUGCAACGACCGCCUUGCCCACCUGCUAGUGCUCUCCUCCACCGUGGUGCAGUGGGCGCGGAGCGCGGCACAGAGUGGUGCGGAGCCGCACGUGCCGUUGGAGUUGCGGGAGGCGCUGAUGGCUGUUAUCGAGCACCUCGUCCGCCUGGAGUGCGUCGUCGCGAGGGCGAUGCUGCUGACGUCCGAGGAGGAGAAGAAGGAGAAGCCGCUUCGGCGGCAGGAGUUGUCGGAGAACCACUUCUCUAGGCCGACGGGCGCCACGCGGAUGUCACCGGGGGCGCUUGCGGUUGCCGUGAAGGGCGCCGCACGGGUUCUCAAAGGGCUCGUCGAGCCCGCUACGCUGGCGACGGCAGCCGUCGCCCCGACCUGGCAGUACUCCCUCGUCCGCACGGCGGCGGAUGUGCCGAACCGGUACGACAUCCUUGACGCGGUGGCGGAGGUGCUGCGACCGUGUCGCCGCCUCACGGUGCGCCGCACCUUCUGCGCCGUCGCACGGCACCUGGCGCUGGAGGUGAUGCAGGAGGCGGGCGAGGGAAAAUUCGGCACACGCGGCGGGGCGGCCGCACUUCGUAUUUUGCAGCACAUCAAUACAAGGCCGGGGUGUCUCACCACGGAGGAGCGCGUGGCUGGCCAGCGCCUCCUCGCCUUACUUGAGCGGAAGGAGCGCAGGCUGGCGGCGCUGUUGCCGCCGGAUGUCUCGGAUGAAGCCACACUGCCGACGCGGGAACUCAUGCAGGAGGUGCGGCUCUUCUGCGCAGCUCCUGCAUGA